AUCUGAGCCGAACCUUUCAGCAGCAAUGUGUUCCGUUCAGCCUCUGAGAGAGUUCAUCAGGGAGAGACUCGCUGCUGCCGCGGAGGAGAUUUUCUCCGAGGUGGAGAACACCGUCAGGCUGCUGGAGAGCCGCUGGGGGACCGACACACACCGGGAACCAACAGAACUCCAGCAGCUGAAGGUUCCUGAGGACCCGGUUCUGACUGACCCAAAACUAUGGAGCCAGGAGCGAAACCACAGACCCGACCCGGGUGAAUCAGAACCGGGCCGGGAUGUGGAACUGCAGAUCAGAGAGAUAUUCUGUAGUUCUGGAAUCGGCUCGGUCCAGUUUGGAGGAGAACAGGAUCAUCGGCACCAGCUGCCGGACACGAAACCUUGCAGAACAGAACUUCCACAGCAACAAGAUUCUGAUCAGGUUCUGAUGGGCCGGCAGCUCCAGAACCACGGCAGGACCUGGAGUCUGGACCAGGAGGAACCAGAACUAUCACUGAAACAAGAGUACCAGGAGGAUCCAGAACCGACCUGGACCAAACAGAACCAGGAGGAUCUGUGUGUCUGUCAGGACGAAGAGCAGCCGGACCUUGAGACGUUCAUGGCGGUUCCGACUGAUGAAGAAAGCGAUCAGACAGAACCAGAACCAAACCCUGGGUCAGAACCUGUUCAAGGAUCUAAAGUCAAGUCCAGGAAGAAGAGAAGAAAAUAUGCAGAAAGUUCUUCUGGGUCAGAGAGUCUGGAUGAUGAUGAUGAUGAUGAUGAUGAUGAUGAUGAUGAUGAUGAUGGUGGAGCGGCGGCCCAGGUGACGUAUUGUGCAGCGUCCCCAGCCCAGGACAUCGUCUCUGUGGGUCCAGAGGGAGGACGACCUUCGACCUCAUCGGCCCCCUCGCUGCGCGGCACCGACAGCGGACCCUGUGGGACGGCGUCGGCAUGGCGGUCAGCAGCGAACUGGGCCCGGCGGACUCCAGCAGCAGAGAGUCUGUAUUCCUGCAACACCUGCGGGAAACGCUUCCGGUUCAACUGCCGCUACUUGUCCCACAUGAGGACCCAUACGGGGGAGAAGCCGUUCUCCUGCAGGCAAUGUGGGAAAAGUUUCACUCAGGGAGGAAGUUUGUGGCGACACGUCAGAACGCAUUCCGGAGAGAAACCGUUCAACUGCAGAACAUGUGGGCGGAGCUUCAGCCAGAAGACGGGUCUGCUGGGCCACAUCAAGACUCAGCACAGAGGGGCGGAGCCAGGCUCUGGCUGACUGUGUGGGCGGAGCCUCAGCGAGAAGAACAAAGCGGCAACUAAACAGCUUUAGUCAUCAAAAUCAUGAUGAGUGGAAGGAAACACUUGAACCGGGCCGGUCCUCCUGCCCACGUCAAGUUCUGAGGUUUGAACUAGGAUGGAGGUUUUCUGGCCGACCACCAGUCCUUAAAAAGCCUGACCUGCUAAUUCUGAUUUUGGCCGGUACCAAUUUUUUUACUGAAAUGUUGCUUAAUAUAGCAAGUAAGUUGCUGAGUUGGUAAAAAUGUGUUGGCUUGUUAACUGGCAGCGUGCAGCUCUGACCUGGUGGGCGGUCUGUCCGUCAAACCUGUCUGGAGGGAGCAGAAGAGGACAGUGGCUGAUUUGUGGUCCGUUCUUGAGGUAGAUAAGAUCAGAGGAUAAGAUCGGCUUCACAUGUCGGCUGAUCAUCGAUCUCUUAAAAUUCAGACAAUUGGUGCCGAUAAAUUGGUGGGCCGCUGGUUCUGACCCGUCUUCUUACAGAUUCCUUUAAAUAAAGUUUGUUUUCUCCAUCAA